AUGCAGCCAUUAGCGGCAGUCUCUACAUUUGAAGCCAACGGAAUCAGCAUUCCAGCUGUAGGCCUGGGCACAUGGCAGAGUGACUCUGGCGAUGAGCGCGUCAAGGACGUUGUUAGCAGUGCUCUGCGGCAAGGCUACAGGCAUAUCGAUUGUGCUGCAGCUUACGGCAAUGAAAAGGAGAUUGGAGAAGCCAUCAGAGAAAGUGGUGUCUCACGGGAAGAGCUUUUCAUCACAACCAAGCUUCAAUUGAUCUACCAGAUCGGUAUAAUGAGUGUUGCGUACUUAGUGCCCAAACGUGGCAUCAGCCCGGAGACGUAG